AUGGAUAAUGAUCUUGAAAACGCCUUCCGGGAAGUCUACGAAGAGCUGGGUGUAUAUCGCAACGAUGGGAAGGGACUUUGGCAAGGGCGAACGUUCUGUAUCGUUGGUUUCGAACAUGAAAUACAAAGCGGUGCGGAGCUGAUUAAAUAUAUAUUAUCCGCGCUAAUAUCGCGGGGAGCAAGUGUACUCAAAUUCCCAAAUGAUAAAUUGGAACACAAAUCAUUAUCCAUCAUUGACUUCUACCUAUGCAACUAUUCCCUAGGAUACAACGCACUGGAACAUGAUAUACUUGAAACGAAACUUGUAACACCAAUAUGGUUAUAUACAUGUCAUCGAGAUUCACAGAUUUACGAUACCAGACUCUUGCCAAUAUUCAUGCCGGUAGGAGUGUUCUGGCCACUCAUGUUCGCAAAGGAGGAUAUCACAGUUUAUAUCGUCAGUGACCUGGGGUCAAAGUGCCUCAGAAAUAGCUCUGAUGUGUUGUCAAAAUUCGCAAGACACUGUGGAUUCAAAGUGUUAAGGUUUGACCCAUCGCCACAUAGCAAAACAUAUAUCAUAGUAGGAAGAGGAUUGGACAAAAUGGUAGAUGCCCAUAUAAUAUCAUACUGCAACAAACACAAAUAUACAUGCCUCUCGGCACAGUGGAUCAUGGACUGCUACUUAGCAGGAGAAAUUGAAGAUGUGAAAAAGUACUUGCUGGACAUAGAAUUCGAACCUACACUUAUUGAUAUCUCGACAAAAAGAAUGGUCAGUCCAAUAGAUCCUACGAUAGCGAUAUGUAACAAGGAGAAACGUGUACUUUGCAUCUCAUACCCCGCCGCCAUCGAAGCCACAGAAGAAGUGCGCGAAAUGAUAAGAGGCAAGGAAAUUAAAAUACAUGUCGUCAACCCUUUAUACGUACUUGCACCAUGGGCAGUGGAUCAAAUAUCUGGUCGUGAGAGGAACCUUUACAAUAACAUAUCACUUGUCGACGCUGAAAAAAUACUAAUGUAUAUCUCGCGACAAGAGGCACAUAACGGAGCAUUCGGAAUCUUCGCACAGAUAUCUAUGUGUAUGGAGUAUGCUAAAUUCAGGAGCACGAAACGACCAAAGAGAGUGAGAAAUAUAGAGUUACAUCCACUGCAAGAUAUAUAUCUACCACAAUUUCCAGGAACGGCAUCAGCAAUCACGAUACCACAAGAAAUGCUAGCUGGGGCAUCACUCAUAUUUAGAGGAUGCAGACGAUCGUUCAACCUUUAUGAUCUGGCUGAUAGCAUAGAAUAUCUGGGAGAAGAUAACAUAUUGCUGGAGGAAGAGGAGAUGCUUGGACCAAAUAUACAAAUUCGUCGAAGGUACGUACAAUAA